UUGACAGUAACAGCAAAGAUGUCAGAAGGGGUGAAGGUGACGCGAAGCGGCCAUUUGUAAAUAAAGAAAACAAAUAAUUUGUGAAAUGGCUCCAAAACUGAAAUUUGCUGAAGGCGAAAAAGUGUUGUGUUUUCAUGGGCCUUUGAUUUACGAGGCAAAAUGUCUAAAAAGCUCGGUAACAAAAGAUAAACAUGUCCGAUACCUUAUCCAUUACGCAGGAUGGAACAAAAAUUGGGAUGAAUGGGUUCCCGAGAGCAGGGUAUUGAAGUAUAACGAAGCAAAUGUGCAACGGCAGAAGGAAGUACAGAGGGUGCAUUCAGCACAACCAGCCAAAACUAAAAAAACUCCAGCGAAAGGUCGUAAAUCUGAAGCUGCCAGCGCGACUCCGGCUCGAGAAGAGUCCAGGGCUUCCACACCUGCAGGCGCUGGCCGCGAGGCGGACGCGGCGCGGGCGUUGGCUGCGGCCGCCGCCGACUCCGGCUCCGACCAGCCCAAGAAGAAGCGCGGCCGGCUUGACAUAUCAAUAGAAUCCGAAGAGCAAUACCUAGCAAAGGUGGAGGUCAAGAUCAAAAUCCCUGAAGAACUGAAAGUGUGGCUGGUGGACGACUGGGACGUGAUCACGAGGCAGCAGAAGCUGGCCAUCCUGCCCGCCAAGCUCACAGUCCAACAAAUAGUUGACAACUAUCUAGCGUUCAAGAAAUCAAGCAAAUCCCACAACCAAGCGAAAGAAUCCGUUUUAGUCGACAUCACUGAAGGAAUAAAAGAAUAUUUCAACGCAACGUUGGGAUCUCAACUCCUGUACAAAUUCGAAAGGCCGCAAUAUAGUGAGAUAUUACAAGAAUACCCAGACACACCGAUGGCUCAGAUAUACGGAUCUAUACAUUUGCUAAGAUUAUUUUCAAAAAUGGGUCCGAUGUUGGCCUAUACGGCUUUAGAUGAGAAAUUGUUACAGCACGUUUUGACACAUAUACAAGACUUUAUGAAGUACAUGGUGACGAAUAGAUCGACAUUGUUCAACUUGCAAGAUUAUGGGAAUGCAACGCCCGAGUAUCACAGGAAAGUGCAGUAGUUUUUUAUUAUAGUGGUAAUAUUUAUAAUUAUGUCAUCGAAUUUUGAACUAUUUGAUAUUAGUUGUGUUUGCAAGUUGUUCAUAUCAGAUAGUCCAAGUUUGGAUUUCGGUGUAACUUUUAUUAUUAUAAUGAACUGAGUAAAAUAUGACCGUCUUGUAUUA